UGCAACUGAGGAGCUCGAAGCUUGAUGAAACCGCAAGGAAUACAAUCGACUACAAAGCACACCAGCCAGAUCAAGAUGUCCUUUCGCGGCAAGAAUGCAGUGGUGACCGGUGGAGCUGGUGGCAUUGGUCUGCAAGUUUCCAAGCAGCUCCUGGCUGCAGGAGCAGCGAAGGUGGCCAUCAUUGAUCUGCAGGACAACCUGGAGGAAUUUGUCAAGCUACGAGCCGCUCAUCCCACGCAGAGCGUAAUGAUAGUCAAGAUGGAUGUGGCCAACAAAAAAGGUGUGGAGGCCACCUACGAGGAGAUAGCCAAGACCUUUGGCAACAUCGAUAUCGUGGUCAACGUGGCUGGAAUCUUUAACGACAAGGAUGUUCAGAGGACUCUGCUGGUGAAUCUGGGUGGCAUCAUCAACUCGACGCUAAGUGCUUUGCCUUAUAUGGGUAAGGAUAACGGCGGUAAAGGUGGCAUUGUGGUCAACAUGAGCUCGGUGGUGGGUUUGGAUCCGAUGUUCAUCAUUCCUGUUUACGGAGCAACAAAGGCAGGCAUUAUCAACUUUACUCGUUGUUUGGCGAAUGAAAAGUACUAUCAGCGCUCGGGUAUCAAGUUUGUGACUGUCUGCCCUGGAGCUACGAUGACCGACAUGUUCACCAACUUCACGGAGAAGAUCAUCUUCCCGGAGACCAGUGACGAGACGUACAGGAUUCUGGACAGGUUGAACAAACAGAGUGCGGCUGAUGUCUCUCGUUGUAUUCUGAAUGUCCUGGAAAAGGAUAAGAACGGAGCUGUCUAUGUCAUCGAGGGCAAGCGAGUGUUCCCGUUGGACAUUAAGCCCCAAUGGACGGGCAAGGAGCAGGCCCUUUAAACAGGAUUUACUCAUCCAUAUUCCUAACACUCACACUAUAAGCAUAUAUACAAAUUAUGGAAGUUAGUUAUUUAAUAAACAAACAAAGCACACUUA